AAGAAAAUUCAUUCUGUCCAAAUCAUAAUACUAGCUAUAUUCCUCAUUGUACUAUUACAUUGUAAGCACAUACUACAACUACUAGUUAUACAGCCUCCAUGACCAAAUUCCAAUUGUAACAAAUUCUUAAAAGAUUAUUAAUUCAUUUCCAUAACUUCUCCCAAUAUUAAACAUCUUACUAUAAUAAUAAAUUACCUCAAAAUUUCAAAGUCUAUACUUCAAUAUCUUCCGGUCAACUAUACCACCAAACUAAUAAUCAAAAUUCUCACAUACUAAACCGAAUCAGCCAAAUCCAUUUCUGGGUUUUGAUCUUCAUACAUCAAUCUCAAAUGGGUCGGAAGCCAAAUGAUUCCGAACCCACGCGUUAUGCCACUAUGAUCCUUCUUUUAAUGGGUCUUGUUUCUUGUACUGCCGUGUACAUUUUCAUGUCGGCGGUUAUGAGACCUGCCGGAAGUUCUGUGGUUGAGCGGUUAGCGGCGGAGGAAGGUGAAUUUAGCGGUGGCGGUGGUGGUGAAGGGGAGGGUGAAUGUUGUAGUGGGAUCGAAAGUUUUGAGCUUUGGGGAGCUGCUGUGAAGUGGGGUUCUGAUUUUAAGGUUAAUAGUUCUAAAGAAUGUUGUAAGGCUUGUAAGGCUAUGUGUACGGGUAAUCAUGGACCUUGUCUUUGUGAUACGUGGGUUUUUUGUGGAAAUAAAAAGUUUUGUGGUGACAAAUUUGGUGAGUGCUGGUUGAAGAAGCAGAAAGAUACUUUGGCUCCUGAUAGACAGGAAGCAGGAAACAAGGUUAUGUGGACGUCCGGCAUUGUUUUUGGAAAAGGAGAGGGAAUUGUCGCCUUGGAAACAGAAUUCGGUGCUAUUCACGUCAAGCUUUUGCCAGAAUGUUCCCCACGCUCAGUUUUUAACAUUUUGGAGUUGUUGGGGUUGCGCCACUGUGCUGGUUGCCAAUUUUUUCGUGCAGAAAUUCGCGGACAAAUUUGGGAUACACAUGGAGAUCACAUAAAAGAUGCUUCUUUUGGCCCUCCAUAUGCUUUAGUACAAGGAACUCUUGAUGCUCAAGGAGUAGCAUUCGAGUCAGUUCCCAGUGAAUCCUGUCCAGAAAUAAGACGAGGUUCAGUUGCAUGGGUUGGUUCUGGUCCUGAAUUCUUUAUAAGCUUAGCGAACCAUCAAGAAUGGAAAAAGUCGUACACUGUUUUUGGCUAUGUGCUGCCGGAGGACAUGGAAAUUGUGGAGAAAAUAGCUCAGCUCCCCACAAAAUUAGAUGUCUGGAGCGGAGUUAACGUGACAGUCUUGGAGAACCCUGUACCUCUGAGGGUCCGACGAAUCAAGUCCAACAAUGAUGACCUAAACCUUAGCAGUUAGUACUUAAACAAGUUGUAUGAUUUCCAAUUUGGCACACUACUGCUAUUUGGAAAGAAGAAAUAACACAUUGUAUUCAUUGCCUCUUGGACUUGACUAGUAUGAGAGAUUGCACAACUUUAUCUUUUAACUGGCUUAAGUUGAAUUGACUAUUGAUUGGUUUUCAAAACCAAUCCCAUAUUUUGUA